UAAAAAAUAAUUACAUAUCCAGCCAUCUUGCACGCUUGGUUAAUAACGCAUAUCAGAAGCACAUCCAUCAACCAUAUCAGCCCAUAUGGGCUCCUGCACAUAUAUAUGAUCCUCCUUCAUUGGCAGCUAAUUUCCUUCUCUUUUUACUCUGUUACGACGACUUCAAAAAUAAUAAUAAUAAUAAUAAUAAUAAUAAUAAUAAUAAUAAUAACAAUAAUAUGGUAUUUUUUGCACGAAUAUAAACAAAAAGAUCUUCAAGAUCGUUCAAACUUUACCUCAAUCAAAGCCUAGUAUUUUUCUUCUUCUCUGAGACGGCUUUCACAAUUUCGUUCGGAUUAAUCACGCAUAAAUAACGCUUGACGCCUGAGAGAGUACGUGAUUUGUGACGGAGAGUGGAUUAGAUAUGUCGUGACAAAUUCCGAGAAAGAAAUUAGAUGCCAUAUAGGCCAACUAGCACACAGAAAAGUAAAAGGUUCUUUGAAUCUUGUGUAUACCAGUGAAGAAGUCUUGCUAUCAUCUAGAAAACCUGUGAUGUUAAAAUGUCUUUCCCGCUUCCCAGGGUGACUGUUCAAGAAACAGAAUUCACAUCGGAGAAGUUCAAUGCUUGUGGUAAUAUUACCGAUAGCGACAAGAACUCGGUAGAAAAGGCUUCUCAAGUCAUCUCCGCAUCUUUUGCCGGGGUUUUCUAUUUGGUCAUGUUCUUCCAACGCAUUCUCGGCAUUUGCAUCAAGGCCUUAGUCAGAAAUUCUUCUUCACAGGGAACACUUUUCGUAUUUUUUGUGGGGGCAUUAUUUGCUUGUAUAAAUGUAAUCACAAAUAGAAAGGACCUAUAUGUAAAAUUGUGCUUCCGGCUUUUCACGGUACCUCUCAUUGGAAUAAUUUACAUGAUCUUUGGCGCCGCUCUCUUCUUUAUGAGACCUCUUGCAGGGGGAACUCUAACGACUUUGGGAAGACAACAGCCAUCGAUGGGCUUGGUAGUUUCCAUCAUAACACUUCCUCUGGUCGGCAUUGAGAUCGUGCUUCUCAUCGCGACUUUUGCCUCCAAAUCAACGGACGAGACAAAUGAACUCUUAACUACCAGUGAAUGGCGCUUAGUCAAGAUUGACAAGUCUUUAUUCCUUGCUCAAAAGGUUUGCCAGGCUCUUUGGUACCUAUAUCUGCGCAAAACAACAAUACGUCAAGACUUCGAAGAGGAUGCCCGAUUUUACUUUAGAUUAUUGUCUUUUUUCAACCUCAUCGAGUGGAUAGACUCACAAGUAGACGUAGAAAGCGACGUUCACUUGAGUGGAAUCGGCAAGGAAUUCGAUGGCUGGUUUAAUUUUUUUACCGAUUUGUACCAAGCAUUGAUCAUAGAUUAUCGCUUAUUGUGUUCAUUACUAUUCCUUGAACAUUCUAUUGAAGUUCAAAAUGGGGACGAACCGGAAGAGGAGAAUAAUAAUGGAGGAAAUAAUCAAGAUGUUGGACUGAGAAAAUGUUGUGGAUAUGUUAUUGGCUGUUUAUGCUUGAUUGCUCCCAUAUUCUGUGCAUUUUAUGAUGCAAAUGCCUUUCAUCUGGGGGGAGGUGUUAAUGCUCUUGCUGUUGUCGUCAACUUGGUAGUCGUUGUUUGUGUAGUGCGUCUCCUCUGUAAUAACAACUUGGAUGCCGAUCGUAUUCAACACAGAGAAUCUCAAGGAGUUAAAAUCAUGGUUUGCUGCUUGGGUGCUGUAGGAUUCACAUACUGGCUCAUGGAGGCGUCCAUUGCCUGCUUUUGGGCAGAGAAAAAUAGAUUAGAACGCUCGCACAUUUCUUGGACUGCCUCAAAGUUUGUUUUACGCAGCGUAACAACAGCAUUUCUUAUUGGCUUGUUUAUGAAGAUAAACGUCCGAGCUUUUCCCUCAAAAAACCCAACCAAUAGUGGAAACCAUACUCUCGUACCUAUUGUAAUGCUUGGGGUGAUUUCCAUGUUUGCUGAGGGCUUGAUUGACCUGAAGGUUGGAAAAGUAGACCAAUGUCUCAGGAACCACAUCGAAGACCAAAGCCUGAAAAUACUCUUUGAGGGAGGUCCACCGAUGUACCUUGGAUUUCUCCUUCACGUGUUCCUUUACUUUAUGGUACUAGCAACAAGACUUAGGCACAGUGCAACGUUAGAUAUUCCAUUAGAUUAACGGUAGAAGCUGAACAUAUGCGAUCAACCAUUGAGUUAGAAAUCAGAGCAAUUUUUGGCUCCAAAGCUAACCAGAUGUGAGAAGAAAGUGUGGUGUGUGUUGUUGCGAGGUCAAAGACUGCGUGAUUCAUCGCUUUUUUUUCAGAGCCUUACAGAAUUCUGGACCUGAGAGAUCGAGCUCAGGUCUCUUUGGAUGAAAUUAAUGUAUAAGCUAGCUAGAUUUUUUUCAGCACACGAGUUAAUUUUGAUCACAGUUUGUUGUUACCAUGUACGCAUUGCAGGCCUAUUAUUUUUCCCUCCCUAAUAUUGUCACGUGAGAGAGUUGUCAAAGGCAUUGUGACCGCCAUUUUGAAUUUUGUCCACUGUCUAUUAGUAUUCUCCUUGUAAAUCUUUAGACACUGUACUUAUUUGGAUACCAGAUUUACUAUUCGUUCGCUGCAUGUCAGCGAACAAAACGGUAGGUAAGUUCAUCGCAUUUUUAGAUAAAGAUUCCAGAUAUUGGAGCAGUUUAUUGACAUUUAUAUUGAUCGAUUUAGCUGUAGAAAACCGAAUCUUAUCUAGCCUAAUAGUAGGAAGCUCAGUUGUAACUAUUGGAAGUUAUAUUUACUUGUAGAAUAAAGUAUCUAUUCUUUAUCGUGGUUAGCGUUUUAAACGCUUACGCUCAACCUGCGCAGUGUUGUUAUUACAAUGAAGAACAUAAGUUCAAAGUCGCACAAUAAAAGCUUGUAACAACACAACAAGUCAUGUUACAUUUGACAUCGCGUGGAGUGGAUUGUUGAUAACGUGUGGUGGCUCUCUUCAUUUAACCCUUUAACUCCCGGAAGUGAUGAACAUGUAAUUUCUCCCUAAAAUAUCCAUGCAUUAUUAAGUUUAAGUUUUAAGUUUAGUUUAAGUUUAAUUUA